CCCUCUUCUUCUUCUUCCUCUGCACAUUCUCCUCUUUCACUUCAAUUUGCCACAAUGCUUUCACCCCUCUGCUCUGCCCUCCCUGCUCUCUCUAUCCCCACCUCCAACUCCACUGCUGUUCCCCAUGUCUCUGAAUGGUUCGAGGAGCAACUCGAGGAUGAUCUCAAAUGGUCCUUCGCAGUCAACAGGAUACUUCAUGCUGCAACCAGCAAGUUCCAAGAUAUAGUUCUGCUGGACACCAAGCGAUUUGGGAAGGCUCUGUUGCUUGAUGGGAAGCUGCAAAGUGCUGAAAAAGAUGAGUUCAUUUAUCAUGAGUCCAUGGUUCAUCCUGCUCUGUUACUGCACCACAACCCCAAAACAGUGUUUAUACUGGGAGGUGGAGAAGGGUCUACUGCUAGAGAGACACUAAAGCACAAAAGUAUUGAGAAAGUUGUGAUGUGCGAUAUUGACAGGGAUGUUGUCAAUUUCUGCCGCGCACAUCUGAGCGAAAAUCAAGAUGCAUUUCAGGAUGAGAAGCUUCAUAUCAUUUUUGAUGAUGCAAAGGUGGGAUUGGAGGGACAACCCGAGAAGUUCGACGUAAUCAUCAGCGAUUUAGCCGAUCCACAUGAAGGAGGACCUUGCAAUCAUCUGUACACUAAAUCAUUCUACGAGGAAGGGAUUAAGCCCAAGCUGAAUGACAAUGGUAUCUUUGUUACUCAGGCUGGCCCUUCUGGUAUUCUCUCCUACAAUGUCUUCUCAUCAAUAUACAACACCGUAAAGCAUGUCUUCAAAUAUGUGAUUGCAUACACCGCUCAUAUUCCGUCCUAUGCAGAUUCGAGCGGAUGGGUUCUAGCUAGUGAUCAUCCUUUUAAAUUGGACAUCGAAGAUCUCGACAAGAGGAUACGCGAGAGAGUUCGAGGCGAGCUACGCUACUUGGACGGUGCAUUCAUCGUGUCAUCAACAGUCAUAAACAAGACCAUUCGUACAGCGAUGAUGAAUGAGACUCAUGUGUUCACUGAGGAAGAUGCGAGGUUCACUCAUGGCCAAGGGCUGGCUAGCCAUGCCUAGAAGCUGCAAGCUUUGAACUUCAUUUCUCACAAUUCAUGGCUUAUCUUGUCAUCUUUACAUUUAAAAAUAAAACUUUAUAAAAUUUAAUGGCGUAAUCUUAUGUAAGAAAAUGACCGGAUUGUGACUUGAAUUUUCAUUGAGAAAGCUUAAAUGUGGAAAUAAGUGAAAGUUGAAGGACCA